UACUUUGGUCUUGCCCUACAAUUGAGAAGUUUUGGCGGAAAGUACAUACUUUAACCAUUCCCAGUAGGGUCCAGCUCAUGCCCACACACCCAGCAUUCUGAAUAGAAAAUCUGUUUUCUUGCAGACAGGGACUGUGACAGCCCUGGUUAAAGAGUCAGGAUGUGCACUCCGGCAGAGCAAACAGCCACCCAGAAAGCGCAGGAGGCCGGCAGGCUGAUCGAGAAAAGCCACGAGGCCAAGGCUUGCUCUUAUUCCCCGUACAGCAGGUUCCCGGUGGGCGCCGCUCUCCUGACCGAGGAUGGGAAAAUCUUCACAGGCUGUAACGUUGAAAAUGCGAGCCUGCCGGUGGGGAUCUGCGCCGAGAGAGUAGCCAUUCACAAGGCUGUGUCAGAAGGCUGCACCAAGUUCAAGUCCAUCGCUAUUGCCAGCAACAAGACUGAUGACUUCAUCACUCCCUGCGGAGCGUGCAGGCAGGUCAUGAGAGAGUUUGGAAUGAAGUGGGAGGUCUACAUGACGAAGCCAGAUAAGACCUGCAAGACGAUGACUGUUGAAGAACUCCUGCCCUUGUCCUUCGGGCCCGAGGACCUUCAGACCAAGUAACCCUGAGCUGAGCUGACCAGGUGCGUGUGGAGUUGUUCAGAGCAGAAAUGCAGUCUGGAUGCACGCUUUGUAUAAAUUUAAAUUGUAUUUAAUUCUGUUUGAAGUGGAAAUGUAUUUGUGAUGCUAUAAUUUUAUAAUAUUCAAAAAGUUCCAGAUGCAAAUGA